AGAAAUUAUCUUUUGCGUCCACUCGAAUCCCAGUAUUCCACAAUCCCAAAGGCCAAAACCCUCUCGCUCCCCUGCUGCGCCGCUGGGAUCUCCUCUUCCGCCGCCGCCGCCGAUGGAUAUCUCCGCCGUGCGCGCCGCGCUCUUCGACAAGUCCUACUCCGACCUCGCCCCCCUCUGCGACGACCACUUCCUCCAGGCCGCGUCCCGGGGCGCCGCCACCGACGACUGGCCCUACGCCGUCCACCUGCUCGCCCACCUCUACCUCAACGACCUGAACAGUGCGAGGUUCCUCUGGAAGUCUUUGCCGCAGGAGGUGAAGGACGCGCGGCCGGAGCUCGCCGCUAUCUGGAGGAUCGGCCAGUGCCUCUGGAACCGUGACUAUGCUGGUGUCUACACGGCUGCGCAGGGGUUUGAGUGGGGCCCUGACCUUGCUGACUUCAUCACCGCCUUCCUAGAAAGCUACAGAAAGAGGAUAUUCCAGCUGUUGACUUCUGCAUAUUCGACAAUCAGCAUUGCUGAUGUGUCUCAUUUCAUGGGGAUGAGUGAAGAAGAUGCUACAAACUAUGUUGUUCAAAAUGGUUGGAGUUUGGAUGCGGCAACCAAGAUGCUUACUGUCAGAAAACCAAAGGGUCAGACCAACCAGAAGCUCGAUGCAAGCAAGCUGCAGCGUUUAACUGAAUGUGUUUUCCACCUGGAGCACUGAUGACCUCUAUUGCUCGCGUGCCCCAUGCUUUUCUAGUCAAAUCUUAAGAUACCUAUCUCUGAGACGAUAUUUAGCUAUACCUGAAUGAUUAGGUUGUCUUUUGGCCGGAAAGGAGAGUUCCUCUGUACUGAAUAUUCAUCAGCAAGUGAUUUCUGGGUAGUGUCCUAGCCCAUUUAUGUACCUGUUGCUUGUUUAUAUGUGUCUCUUCCUGACAGUGGCGCACUGAAAUGUGUCGUGCUUUGCUCUUGUUUGGAUGCAAGUUGGAAUGAUUCUAGUGGAAUAGAAGGUCACUCGUGGUGCUUCUCA